CAUCAUCAUCAACAUCAUCAACAGCAGAAGCAUCAGCAGUAGCAGCGGCAGCAGCAACUGUGUUAGUUGUAAGUUGCUUGAGCUUGCAGCAGCAGAAAAAUGGCAGCCGGGGGAAAUUGGAAGCCUGCUGCCGAGAUAGUUCGUGGCCAAGUGUUUGAAGUGGGGCCCCGAUAUAGCUGCCUCUCUUAUAUUGGCGAGGGAGCCUAUGGAAUGGUCGUAUCAGCUUUUGAUAAUAAAACAAUGAAGAAAGUGGCCAUCAAGAAAAUCUCCCCAUUUGAACACCAGACAUAUUGUCAAAGGACAUUGCGAGAAAUUAAGAUUCUUACAAGAUUUAAACAUGAAAAUGUUAUUAAUAUUCAAGACAUCAUUAGGCAUCCAUCCGUGGAUGAGAUGAAAGAUGUCUAUAUUGUUCAAUCUCUGAUGGAGACAGAUAUGUACAAGUUGCUGAAAACUCAGAGACUCAGUAACGAUCAUGUGUGUUAUUUCUUGUAUCAGAUACUGCGUGGUUUAAAAUAUAUUCAUUCUGCUAAUGUGUUGCAUCGGGAUUUGAAACCCAGUAACCUCUUACUGAACACCACCUGUGAUCUAAAGAUUUGUGACUUUGGUUUGGCUCGAGUAGCAGACCCUGACCACGACCACACUGGAUUCUUGACCGAAUAUGUGGCCACUCGUUGGUAUAGAGCACCAGAAAUCAUGUUAAAUUCUAAGGGCUACACUAAAUCUAUCGAUGUCUGGUCUGUUGGAUGUAUCUUGGCAGAAAUGUUGGCAAACAGACCUUUGUUUCCUGGAAAACACUAUCUUGACCAGCUAAAUCACAUCUUGGCUGUACUUGGCUCACCCAGUGCUGAAGAUCUGCAGUGUAUUAUCAAUGAAAAGGCUCGUGGCUAUAUCCAGGCUCUUCCAUACAAACCCAAAAUUCCAUGGUGCAGCUUGUUUCAGAAAGCUGAUCCUAAAGCUUUAGACCUUCUUGAUAAAAUGUUAACUUUUAAUCCAAACAACCGCAUCACGGUGGAGAUGGCCCUUGCCCACCCAUACUUGGAACAAUAUUACGACCCAGAUGAUGAGCCCGUUACUGAAAAACCCUUCACAUUUGAAACAGAAUUGGAUGACUUACCCAAAGAGAAAUUGAAAUGGCUAAUCUAUGAUGAAACUGUGCGAUUGAAGCAACUUACUGAGAAUGGAGAAUAUGAUCCUGAUCCUUGAUGAAUGAGAUCAAAUGCUGUGGUUGUUGAGUUGCUGGCUCUAAAAACUGGGAGAUUUCCAUCUAUAUUUAGCUGUCAUGGGGCCAUUAUCUUGCUGUUGCUACUGUUACUAUCACUACAACCUAACUAGUACCAUCACCACACCACAUUACCUACCACCACCAUCACAACUACUACUAUUAAUUAUUACUACUACUACUACUGAAGCUCUAAACCACUGCUGACUGUCUUCUAUUUGAAUCUGCUGUAGCCACUUUGCUGAUAUCCGAACGGAUUUGAUCUUCACAUGCAUCAUCCUCAUCUUCUGCGACUGUACAGAUGCCAACAGCUCACUGUGAACUGAACAGAUGACAACAGCUCGCUCCAACCGAAUUGACGACAACAUCUGCCAGAUUUCAAUCGAAUCAACGAGACGAAUGGUGUUGAGGAGACUUCCACACACACACACUUUGGAUUACAUACUCUUGAAAAACUACAGAAGUGGAACCAACAGGAUGCUGUGUAUGUGUGUGUGUGUAUGUAUAAGUUUGUGUGUGUAUAUACACCUAUGUAUGUUUUUAGUGAUUUCAGACAGUGAGUUAUAACAAUAGUUAUAUGUAUAUAUAUGCACACACAUAAGUGUAUGUGUGUGUGUAUAUAUAUAUUUAUAUAUAUAUAUAUACACACACACACACAUACAUACAUAGACACACACUUAAGUGUAUGAGUAACAGCAGACCAAUAAUAGUUUACAGUCGCAACACACACACACAUACACACACAUGUAAGCACAGUUUUUUUUUUGCAUUUCAUCUUUUUUCUCUUAAUACAUCUAUAUUCUUCUCAUUUAUGAACAUCCUUCUAAUGUACACACACACAGACACAAACACACAGUAGUAAAACUACAUUUUUGAUAAAAAAAAAAA